AUGGCCUCGCGAAUCCUAUCCCACGGCGCCCGCGCCCUGACGAGAACGGCUGCGCCGACAGCCCGCGCUUUCAACACCUCCGCCGCGAGGCUGGAUGCUGUUGCCGCCGGCGUGGUGCCGCCCCUCCCUGCGAGGAGGCCGGUGGGUGCGCUGAGAGGAGGACUCUUCGGCUUCUUCCUCGGUAGCUCGCUUGCCGCCGGCGGCGUCUACUACUACGCCCUCCAGGAGUACAAGGCUUCGAAUGAGCUGCUGACCGAGGACAUUUACGCUGAGCAAGUACCUGACAACGCUGGAGGAGAAGAUGGAGGCCUUGGAGAGGAAGAAGAAAUGAGUUAUGACUGGGAUGGAUGGAGUGGAUGGGUUUGGGGCGGCUAUGGAUCUCUGGGAACGGCGCGGAUAUGGGAAGAUGUUCCGCGUGAAGCUCAGACGUCACCGGCCCGCUUCUCAAGGGUAGGGUGCCCCGGUCCCUGUUCGGUGUUGUGGAUCUCGAUCGGCCCUCGCUCAAAAUCACCCGAACCUGCAUCAAACCAUCCCGCUGCUGCUUCCACCUCUGCCCCACCAACCUCAACCAUCACCAUGAAUAAUUUCGGGGUCAUCGAAGUCGCCAGCACGGCGACAAAAAACACACCAGGAUGGGCCUACGUACCGGACACAGGGCCUGCGCUGUCCGCUGCACUGCAGCCCGCGAACAGAAAGCGCGUCGCACGCAAACAGACCACCCUAAGCUUCUCGGAUCUCUCAGCACGCGAAGAGACGAGGAUACGGAAGGAUCUGGAAGCUCUCGACCGCGAUAGCCACAAAGAUGCGAACAUCCCGAUUCCGCCCCGGCCUGGGGGAAGUAGGGCCCAGAACAAGCACACCCCGAACGUGCGCAAGAUCCUCCAGUCGCAAAAGACCUUUGCCAACCAUCUCGACGACUACCAAGCGAUGCUCGCACUGGCCGAGAGCAACCCUGCCACCGCAGCAACCAUGAACCCAGCAGUAGCGAAACCAUCCACCCCCACAACGGCCGCUUCAAAGAGUGCUUCGCCAGCGCCCACAGCAGCAUCCGCCGGCGGAAGCAAGCGGUCAGCGGCGGCGGCAAAACGGGCAGCAGCGAAGGAGAAACAAGAACAGGAAAAGGAAAAGAAAAAGGCGCGACGGACGCCCAAAGCAGAGCAGGAACCCGAGGCCGAGCCACAACCCCAACAACAGCCAGACGACCAAACCGACGUCGAAAUGCCAGACGCCACAGCACCGACCGAACCCACACCAACCUCAGCCUCCGAACCGGACCCCCAACCAUCCACCUACCCACGGGACAGCCUCAUCCUCCCGGCAUACGCCAAACCUCCACCGCCGACGCACCCGGGCGACGCCGACCCGCUGCUGGUCUCGCACGUGCCGCCGUUCCCGUCCGACGACGAGCUCCGGGCGCUGAUGGCGGCGCCCCCGCUGAGCUACCUCGAGGCGCGCGCCGAGUGGGGCGAGGAGGAGGGCCGGUACCCCGUGCGCGUGUUCUGCACCGUGUGCGGCUACUGGGGCCGCGUCAAGUGCAUGAAGUGCGGGACCCGCGUCUGUGCGCUGGAGUGCCUGGAGGCGCAUCGCGAGGAGUGCGUUUUCAAGGUAUGGGUUGUUGAGGGGUGCGGGGAGGGGGAGAAGGGUUACAAGGCUAGGGGGUGGGAGGCCGGGUGUGUGAGGGACGCGGGUGGUUCCGCUGCUGAGGCAUAG